AUGUUGAAAACUAUUAUUCGCCACGGAUGUCGUCUUCGGCCAGCACUCAAUAUGCGUUUACCUACAUCAACAUUGAAUACUCGUCUACAUACAUUAUCUCUAUCGAAAGCAAAUCCACACGGUCAAAUUUGGCCAUGUGUUUUUGUGUCACGCCGUACAUCAAUACUCGAACAAAAUAUAAAGGAUGCUGGUCAAAUGCGUACACCACCGCCAUUGACACCGCGUGAUAUUGAGUCGCGAGUAUUACGUAUCUGUAAUGACUAUGAUAAAAUACAAGAAGCGCAUAAAAAUAAGAUCACUUUGGCAACACACUUUAUGAAUGAUCUUGGUCUUGAUAGCCUUGAUCAUGUUGAAAUCAUUGUUGCAUUAGAAAAUGAAUUUGGCUUUGAAGUUCCAGAUGCUGAUUAUGAUAAAUUAUAUACGAUUAAAGCUGUUGUUGAUUAUUUAAUAAAACGAAUGAAUAUUGUCGAACAUAAAAAACCUGUUGUUUCAUCAGCAAGUGAUCCACGUUAUGACCAUCAUCAUCAUUGA